AUGCCGAGGGGAGAUCUCCAGGACAGGGACGAAACGAAGCGCCGCAAGGGAGGUGAUGGCGACACGAAGGGAGAGCGGUUAGAUCCACCGAACGCGCGCCUGAGCAUAAUCAAGGACAAGUCAUGGAGCAGCGAAAGCAUAUUUAAUAGCAUCCUGUUCAGCAACCUAUCGAAAGAACAAAUCAAAAUAGUGCAGGUGCCCCUUAACAGGAAUUUAUGUAUUAUUGCCUGUCCAGGGUCAGGCAAAACGUCCACGCUGACAGCACGCAUUAUCCGAACCAUCAUCGAAAGGAAAAAAUCUGUUGUGUGUAUAACCUUCACGAAUUAUGCAGCGAACGAUUUGAAGGAAAAAAUUACAAAAAAGAUUAACUGCUUGAUAGACCUAUAUUUAGACACAGAUGUGAGGUGCAAACUGUUUAGCGACAAAACUUCGAGGAAGAAGUGCGACACGGGUAGUAAGAUCCACAGUAAGACCAAGAUCAAGGUGCUGCACACAGUCAUGUUCAUAGGAACGAUUCACUCCUUCUGUAGGUAUCUUCUCUUCAAAUAUAAGGGGCCCUUCAAAAUAUUGACCGAUUUUAUAAGUUCAAAUGUUAUCAAAUUAGCCUUUAAUAAUUUUUACGCCUCCUUUUUGAAGGGGAAAGGUACAGAAGGAGUAGAAAUAAAUUGUGUGGCAUCGGGGAAAGAGACACGGAAUGACACCAAAGGGUCAUUCGAUCUGAUGAACUUCUUUACCACUUUGAAGAAAAGCUUCAGUAAGAGGGACGCGCAGGAGAUAGAGGAUGAAGCGGAAGGGCAGGGCGGUGAAGAUGGGGAAGGCGGCGACGAUGAUGAUGAUGAUGGGGAACACUUUUACAACUACCUCUACCACGUCAAACACGCGAACGAGAGGAGGGACCACUUCGAACAUGCCGACAUCCCAAGCAUCCUCAAAAAAAAACACAUUUUAUUUUUGAAGAAAAAAAUAAAAUUCUUCAAAUAUGUCGAGCUGUACCAGAUGAAGAUCGAAAUUAACCCCGUGGAGGCAAAGUUCUACGCGGAGUAUAAGAGGAUCCUUCAAAGUGCCAAAUAUAUUUACUACGACUUCGACGAUUUGCUCAUCGAGACGUACAGACUGAUGAAGGAGGACGAGCGUAUCCGGGAAAGAAUCCUAGCCGAGUGGCAAUACAUGUUUUGCGACGAGUUCCAGGACAUCAACACGACGCAGUUCAACAUUUUGCAGUUUUUCGCCAAUGGAAGUGGCGGCAGGGGGGCGGCGUGGACCCGGGCUCCACACAGCGGAAACCCUCCAAAUGGAGCCAUCCCCCCAAAUGGAGCCAUCCCUCCGAAUGGAGCCAUCCCUCCGAAUGGACCCAUCACACCAAGCAGAGCCAUCCCACCAUACUGUCCCCACCAGUCGGACAGGAGCCUCACCGUCAUUGGGGACGACGACCAAUCCAUUUACUCCUUCAGGGGCGCCCACGUUAACGUGUUUGACAGAAUUAUAAAAGAGCACAACUGCCUGUUGUUCAAACUGGGAACAAAUUUUAGAAGCACCAAAGAAAUCGUUCGAGUUUCGUAUAACCUCAUUCUGCACAAUGCCAGUUGCAGAAUAGAAAAGGAGCUACGCACGAACAACGUGCAGGGAGAAAAGGUAAACUUCCAUGCCUUCAAAACGAACAAUGAUCAGGUGUCGUUUAUCUUGUCCCAAAUCAUUUUUUUAAAAAAAAAGUAUAGCUACAAGUUUGGCGAUUUUGUGGUCCUGUCUAGGACGAACAGGACGCUGAAGGAGACUCUCAAGUGCAUGCAGAGCGUGGAUGUGAGGAGGAGGGCCGUCAAAUUCUUUCACCAACGGGGGAAGGCAGGCGGAGCGUCAGGAGAUGGGGUAGGCGGUGCGGAAAAUUGUCCUCCAAGUGAUGGACCACGCUCGGGGGAGCACCACUGGACGGACGUAACCCCAGAGACAUUCAAAAUACCCAUCAAGGAGCUGAACAAAAAGAAGUCCUUCUUCGGGUCCAGAGAAAUCGUGGAGUUAAUAACCGUCCUGAGAUUCCUCCUCAACGUGGACGAUGACAUCAUUUUGAAGAAGGCCUUUAAGAUUGUAAAAAAUGACAGGGCGGUGCGGGGCAUACUGGAGAAGCUGGAAAGAAGCGACUUUGACGGGACCGAGCAGGGAGCAGAAGUAUUCUCAACCGCUGCAGGGGGAAACGGCCCCUCCCUUUUCAACCGUAUCGAGAGGAUCACCCACUGGUACAUCCUCUGGAAGAGGAAUCAAUUGGAUGGAGAUGGGGUCCACCACUUGGACUUGUUCACAGAAGGGGAGAUAAAAAAAAUCCUAGACUUUUUUUUUUGCGUAAAUUAUUUUUUAAAAUUCGCCUCGCAACCGAACUCUGUGUACAGCCUGGUGAUGGACAUGUUGAGCAAGACGAGUUUCGUGAAAAGGACUCUCAAAAGGGUGAGACGGAGACGAGAAGAAGAGAUGAAGGGGGGACAGCAGCAGCGGGAGGAGUGGGACCAGCAGAAGGAGCAGUCGGAGCAGCAGGAGCAGCUGCAGAGGAAGAAGCGCUCCUUCGACGAGUGCGCGGGUGAUAGCGAUGGGAACCACCCCGACCUCGUGAACGAGCUCAAAAUCAAGCGCGAUCUUUGCACGCACUUCGGACUGAGCGAGGAAGACCUCGCCGAACAGGAGAUGCAAAACAUAUUUGUCCUAUUAGAGAUGACAAUGGAGUAUAAGCCCAACCAGAUAAAUGAAAACUGCUCAGACUGUCUCAUUUCCUUCCUAAAUGACUUUAAGAAUGACAUACACGACAGAAUGUUAGUGGAGAAGGUGACCCUGACGACGAUCCACAAGUCGAAGGGGUUAGAGUGGAAGGUUGUAUUCAUUGUCAAUGCUAUGGAAGGGGAAAUCCCGCAGACGGCGGAAAAUACUAGGGACAUAAUUGAGGAGAGGAAAAUCUUCUAUGUAGGCAUUACUAGGGCCAAGUUUUUCUUGUACCUGCUCUGCUUCUUGCAGAACAAUCACACGGCGGAGAAGAACACCGUGUCGAGGUUCGUCAGUCAGAUGGCCAUUUGA